GUAUUUUGGCAUAGUCAUUGUUUUCUAUACUAGUUCGCCCCUAUUAUCAGAAAACAAUGUCCUAUUUUUGCUCUCCCAGUGAGUGGCUGCCUUUUGCUUUCAUUCUAGUAAAUCUUUAGUUAUGAGUGCACACCUUCCUGUCUACCUUAAUCCCUCCCAUCUCUCUUGUGCUCUCUCUUUCUUUCUUUCUCUCUCUCUCUCUUUCUCUUUCUCUCCACCCAUACUUUUUUGCCUGAGCAACAGAGCAAAGAAAACAGACCUGUUUGUCUUACUGAAACCAGGAAACCAAUCAAAGGCAAGACAAGUAGGAACAAAAAGGGUGACCUGAAGAGAGAGAGAGAGAAGAAGCAGCUCUUUUUCCACGGUGCUGCAUGUAAAUAUACCUGCUCCAUUGACUCUGAGAUUGUAGGAUUUUUAUGCUGCUGAGAUAAAUCCUGGUGGAACAACACCGGAUGCUGUUUGAAGAGGAUAGGAUGCAGUGCACUCAGAUCAACUUGGGGACUCUCAAAGAUUAUUGUACUGACUGCGAGUGUCAGUGUGAUCGAUCAGAAACCUGAACUUUACACAUACUGAAACACGGACGUUUGAGGUACUUUUUGCUUCACUUCACUUCACUUUCAAACACAACCAGGAUCUUUAUGGCAGAAGCUGGUCUAGGAGUCUCAAGAAGCACCAGAAUGAGCUGCAAACCCUUGACUGGUGAAGACCUACGACUAAUGGAGAAGACCCUCAAGAGACUGGAAAGGCUUUCGGAGCUGUGUACGAACCCCCGCCUUGGCCUAAGGAACAGUCCACCAUUUCUGCCAGAUCUGGUUCGAGAGACUUCGACUUUGCUCACGCAGGUCUGGCUGCCCUAUCGAGAUGUCAGGGCAGGAGGAGGCUUGGCUCCACGAGGGGAUGAGGCGAGAUAUAUGAGAAUCCAUAUCAGAAACCUGCUGGAUAAGACAGACCGGGCCAUGCUGCUUUUCAAAGAGGGCCGAGAGAAGAUAUUUGAUGAGACAUCCAGCUACAGGAGGAAUUUGACCAAACUGUCCUUGCUGUUCAGUCACAUGCUGUGGGAGCUCAAGGCUAUGUUUCCAGGGGGAUAUUUUCAGGGUGACACCUACAAAGUGUCUAAGGUGGAAGCAGAUCAAUUCUGGAGGAAAUAUUUUGGAACCAUGUGUAUAGUGCCAUGGAGAAAAUUCAAAGAACAGUUGAAAAGUGCACAUCCAUUUGAGGAAGGGAUGGAGGCCAUGGCUCUGAAAUCAACUAUUGAUCUUACCUGUAAUGAUAACAUCUCAGUGUUUGAGUUUGAUAUUUUCACACGGCUGUUCCAGCCUUGGAAAUCAAUCAUAAGAAACUGGAACCAGCUUGCUGUUACACACCCAGGUUACAUGGCCUUUCUUACUUAUGACCAAGUUGUAGCUCGGCUCGAACACUACCUGCACAGACCUGGGAGCUUCAUCUUUCGUCUGAGCUGCACCAGAAUGGGUCAGUGGGCCAUUGGUCAUGUGACCCUUGACGGCGACAUCAUCCAGACUAUUCCACAGAACAAGCCUCUAUACCAGGCACUCAUCCAGGGCUUCAAGGAGGGCUGCUACUUGUACCCAGACGGCCGUGACAUGAACCCUGACCUGACAAGCUUGUGUGAAACGACCACCAGAGACAAAGUCAAAGUUACAGAAGAGCAGUACGAGAUGUACUGUGAGAUUGGAAGCACUUUCCAGCUGUGUAAGAUCUGUGCAGAGAGGGAUAAGGACAUUCGGAUUCAGCCCUGUGGACAUCUUCUGUGCCAGCCAUGUCUCACGGGGUGGCAGCAGAAGUCAGCCGGCCAAACCUGCCCAUACUGCCGCUGCGACAUCCAAGGGACCGAAUCCAUCCUCAUCGAGCCAUACAUGAAAGUCGGCCAUAGGUGGGGGGAUGAUGGUGAUGAAGAUUAUGAUGAUGACGGCGAGGAGGAUCAUGAGGACAUCGAGGUGGUGGUAAAGGAAAUGGCUGCCCUCCGGAAGUUCUCAAGUUUGGACUCCCAGAUCAACAGUUCUCACCUCAGAGCUCCACCUUUACCCCCUAAAAACACCGCUAACCCAGACUGCCCGUCUCCUAAGCCGUUUAGCAGACAUUCUCAAUCUUAUGAUGCGGCAUCUGAGAGACCAGAGGCGAGCAGUUCUGGAUUCUUUGGCGAAACAGAUUCUUCUUCUUCUUCCUCUCAAAAGGCUGCAGACUGUGCAGCAGCAUGGGCCGGACCUUCCAGUCCAGUCCAAGAGAGAAGACGUAAAGAGAUGGAGAGAGGCGCAGCAAGACUCAGAAAAGACAAAACUGGCUUCGGAGAAAUAACAAGAACUAUGUCCUCCUAAUUGAAC